CGGAAAUGAAGAGGGCAGCCCUGCGCGCGCUUACUCGCAAGGAAGCCUCGCCGCGCUCAGCGGAGCCCGCGCCUCGCUAAGGCCUCUGGCGCAGCAGCCUUUGGCGUCGCUCCCUUGGGGAGGCCGAGGCCUUCUCCCCCUUUUCGCGAGGCCCGCCGGAAGCCUCGGCUCCUCCUGCUCCUCCCCUGCCUCCGCCCCGCCAGGCCCUUUCGGGUGCCGGAAGAUCCGGGUCGCCGGGCGGCAGCAGGAAGUCGAGACGUGGCCGCCCUGCGGAGCAGCGGGGGGCGAGGCAGGCGAUGGCGGCCGCGGCGGCGCUGAGCUCCGAGCGGCUGGAGGUCUCCAUUGACGGCCUGACCCUGAGCCCGGAUUCGGAGGACGCCCGGCCGGGCCAGGCGGAGGCGAGGCCGCUGCUCGCCCCGGGGGGCCGCGGAGGAGGAGGAGGAGGCCGGGCGGGGGCAGCCGGAGCCCAGCCGGGGCAGCAGCAGCAGCAGCAGCAGCAGCGGGAGGACGAGGCCGGCGGCGGGGACAGCGACGGGGAGGUUGGCGGCGGCGGCGAUGGCGACGACGAGGGCGGGGUGCUGAGCCUGGAGCGGCGCUGGGGCUUCGGCCUGGAAGAGCUGUACGGCCUGGCGCUGCGCUUCUUCAAAGGUGACCGCGCAGGAGGCGGGAAGGGAGCUGGAAGUCUGCGAUCCCCCCCGAUCCCGACCCCCGUUCCCGGCCAUCCUUCAAGGAGCGGGUGGGUGGGGGGAAAGAGGCUUGGGAGAUUUCUCUCUCCUCCCUCCUCCCUCACCACCCCGGUCCCCGAAGCUUGACAGAGUCAAUUUCCAAAGUCUUUUUUUUUUAAAUCUUUCUUUGCAACCUCGAGCCUUGGUUUGCAGGCUCGCCUCGUUUCUCUGUGCCUUGUGCAAAUUUGAGGUGAGGAGAAGGCCUGCUUCAAAGGGUUGCUGUGAAGAAACGACAGCGUCUUACUUUGCAGUAAAAGGGGAGUUGCUUUCUGCAGAAUGAGUUGGUGGGAUUUUUAAAACACACACACAUCUAUCUAUCUAUCUAUCUAUGGGGCUGUUAAUAGGACAUGAGCUGUGGUUGCAAACCGUGUUUCUUCUGUGAAGGAGUAGCCUUUGGAAAUUAGGCUCUGGUAUGUUGAGUGGUAUGUGGAAUAUGAACUCUGUUUUAGGAGACGUGGUCUAUUCUUAAUGAAAGAUGGUAGCUUAGGGCCUCAUAACAUUCAUUCAUUCAUAGAGCUUGAUGGCUGUUUGCCUGAAAACGUCAUCACAGGUGAAACUGGUUCUGUGUGGUCCUGGUCAACAACUCGGUCUCCCCAGGAUGUUUUAUGACAAAGUAUGCCCUUAAGUAAAGUUGAAGGAAACCAUGAGAAGUGCAGUGGGUAAUAUAAAUAUGAGGAUGAGUCAGAUAAGCACAUGUUUCAAUGACAGAAGGGAUCGCUUACUUACUGAUUUUGUUUGCUCAAUUUAGCUUUUAUUCAAGGCACUAAUGGCAGUGAUUUGCACUACUUAGUGUUAAAGCACUUAAGAUUAUUUUGUGAAAUGGAAGCAUCUUUGUGCUAAUCAAGACAAUAUAAGGUGCUAUGAUGCUCAUAAUAAAAGCACUGCUUACUUACAUCAUUCUUGUUCGGAUUCUGCCCUCAAUUAAACUAACUUGCCAUGGGGAGAAAUAUCAUUUUGUCAGUGGCAGCUUAAGUUUUUAAAAAACAAAUUUCUUGUACUCAUGAGCCUCCUAUUUUGCAUGAAAAGCAAAAGAGUGUUACUCUGCUGAAGUGUUACUGCUCUCCACUUCUCCCACAGUGUGGAUGAGCUGAUCAUGAGGAAAAUAAAGGCAAGGUGGGUUGCCUUUUUCAGACUGAGUUUGCCCAUCUGAUGGGUGGAUAAAAGAACCUAAAAUAAAAAAACCCUUCUCUAGGCCCUGCUUUGUUUUAUUUUAAUUUUAAUAACUUCUCUUCCCUUCUCCUUUUACAUAAAAAUGGACCCAAAGCAGCUCACAGAAUCAAAAAUGAAGCAUCAAAACCACAAGUACAGCAUACCUAACAACAAAUUACUGUUGUGGACUCAUUUCUGCAACUCAUAUUACAUUUGCAAGCACAGCAGCCUUUUCUGCUAUAUUGCUGUUCCUGGAUGGUCUCUUGGAAAUAGAUAUUGUGGCUUUCACAUUAAUAGUUGUCUUCCCAGGAGAUAUGAUUAAUAGAAUGCACUUGUAAUAUCUAAAUGAAACCCAAGAAAGACUCUUUCUAAAGGAAUGGAAAGUCAACAUCUUGUUAUCAAGUGAUCUGCAAAAUCUUUUUUUUAGAAGAUGCCAGUUUGCAAUAUCUUUCAGAGAGAACUUCAAAAAGAAAAAAGUACUAUUGGUGUUGGGGUGAGUGGAAAGGGGUGUGCAUGUUUGUGUAUGCAUGCAUAUGAAUAUAUGUGUGCAAGAAUGUGGAGUGGCCACACCCACUGGCAUGUGGCUUCUAGAAGGUUGGCCAAGGUCCUGGGCCAAAAAAUGUUAGGCAUCCCAGGUUAAGACAGUCAUGAGUACACUCAAGAAAUAUGAAUUGCCCUUUUCAUCUUCUUUCUAGAUAGUGUUCUUCUGUGAGGCAGCACAAUCCUGUGCCUUUUCACUUGAAAAGCAAAUUACCAGAGAACGGAUACAGGAUUGCCACCGUGAUCUAGCCCUGGACAGAAAAUAUGCUAUUUCUUUAAAAAUAUGGUUUUAAAAUGCAUUUAUUUAAUAUGUCAACAUUCCACAGAUGGUCACAUUUGGGAUAUUGUCUUUUGUAUAAAUGUUCAUGAUCUUGCCACAACUGUGACUUGCUGAACUCAAAAAAAUAGUUUUGCUUGCCCUAACCAUUUGCACAGCAAUAGUCAGCUGCCUCACUCUCCAUGAUGAGGGUUUUGGAUGCAUUAGUAUGUAUUGUUCAGAAGCAGCAUGGCCUGAGCUGUCAUUUCAGAUCAUUUGUCAUGAAUUAAUUAAUACUAUAAUUCAAACAAUAUAAGAUCCUACCCUACUAUCAAUAUAGCAGGGUGGGAUCUUAUAAGAAAUGCUAUUGCAUUUAAUCAAAUAGGCUAUUGCAUUUGAAACUUCAUACUUUACUAAAUUAAUUUAGUAUCCUGUGUUGCUUUUACAGAAAUUAAUAUGAAUACUUUUCUGGUGUAAAUAAAGUUACAGUGGUACCUUGAGUUACAAACGCCUCAGGUUACAAAUGCUUCAGGUUACAAACUCUGCUAACCUGGAAGAGUUACCUCGAGUUGAGAACUUUGCCCCAGGAUGAGAAUGGAAAUGGUGUGCCAGCAGUGAAAGCACAGUUUCAGGUUAAGAACAGACCUCCCGAAUAAAUUAAGUUUGUAACUAGAGGUACCACUGUAUUUGAAAAGGACACAGUCCUCUGAUACCUUGUUUGUUCCUUAUCAAUGCUUUAACCAACAGUGUAUGUGUGGUCAUUGGGAGUUUGGAAAUGCAUUAGUUUAACUUCCUUGAUAACAUAUUAUCAACACAAUGCAGUGUAUGUAUAAAACAUUCCUUAUCUUCUCUUAGAUAGUUUUGUGUACUAAAUAGACACUUGUCAUUCUAUUUUCAUACAGAGUCAAAAUUGGAUUUACAGUUUGUAGCCAGGGUAGUUUUCCAUGACUCAGCAGUAAAGUCCCAAGUUUAGGCACUGUGCCAUUUCCACUUUGAGCCGGGGGUAGCCAAAUGUGGUGUCCUCCAUUUCUUAAGGAUUACAGUUCCCAUUCUUUGUGAUCUUUGGCCAUGCUGGCUGGAGCGUCCGACUUAGAAAAUCUCUGGUACUAGGGCAAGGAAAGGAGGUAGGUGGGGGGAGGCUGCUGCCAUCAUUCUCCCAGAAUUGUCUUGGGGCGUUUUCUAAUUUCAUCUGACCUAGUUCCUAAAAAUAUUGAACUAGGUAUAAAGAGCUCCCAACAUUUUGAGAACACUCUCUAUACUUUGUGGAGACAGCAAAGUAAACCUAGAUUUGGACAAGUUGGAUAAAUCAGCACAAGGCCUUAAUACACAAACCAGCUACAGCGUAAGCAAGCUUGAAUAGAUGAGGCAUGGUCACUGUUCAGUGAACACAAUAGAAUAUAGUGGUAGCUUGGGUUACAUACGCUUCAGGUUACAUACCCUUCAGGUUUCAGACUCCACUAACCCAGAAAUAGUACCUCGGGUUAAGAACUUUGCUUCAGGAUGAGAACAGAAAUUGUGCUCCAGCGGCGCAGUGGCGGCAGGAGACCCCAUUAGCUAAAGUGGUGCUUCAGGUUAAGAACAGUUUCAGGUUACGAACGGACCUCCAGAACGAAUUAAGUACUUAACCCGAGGUACCUCUGUAAGUGAAAUGGCACUGAUGGGCCAUUCUUAGAUGGGGCUGAUUUUUAACAGCCAAGGUAAAGCUGGUGUUUCUGUAAACGUGUGAGUGAGAGGCCUGACUCUGAUAUUUCAGUUUAGUUUUGGCAUCCUCAGUUUUUGGGGAAGACCUGAAUGGGACUGAAAUGAAAUGUAGGGAAGAAAUUUUUCCACUGGCUGCUUUAUAAAUAUGGAUUGCUUCAUAAUGUUAAUAACAGUGAAUGGACUCAUUCCGAAUGGACUCAUUCCGAAAUUGGGCAGUUUCAAACUUGUAACCUUUUAAAGCGGAUUAUGCCAAUGAAACAUGGGCCAUGUACGAUGCUUUGGGCAUCCUAAAACCAGUAUGUUAACAUAUCUCAGUGCCUUAGUUUAUUAUUUUUAAAUGUAACAGCAUUAUUUGAGGAAUUGUGCCUUAAAAUAUUUACAAGCGUUCUAAUGAAACCAAAUUUCCAAAGAAAGCUUUACAUGUACGGUAAUUCAGAUUUUUUUUAAAGACAUGCUAUCACAUAUGUCAUUUCUACUACGUAGUUUUGACUGUUUGAAAAAUUACUCAAAAUUUAUAUAAAAUAAGCAUACUGUAUUUUCUUUCUAAAUAAAAUACAUAUUCUAGAUGAGAUCAGAGUCAGUUGUAGGACAUGAGGAUAUUUUCAAAUUUGAUUCCCCCGUCUGUCCCCUGCAAAAACCCAAUGCAGUGUAAUGUCUCCAGAAACACAUGAGGUAUCUUUGCAUUAAAAUGCUGAACUUUUGGAGACAGGAGCAUUUAGGAGAUUCAUGUGUGUUAAUGAAUUCAAAUAAUAUACAGUAGGUUGUAAUCUAGAAGCCUCUUCUCCUAAGGGGCACAGAAGGAUGCCAUUUAGAAAGUACACUUUGUUUGAUACAAGCCCUUGAACUUUUCAUUCUCUCUCAUCAGAUUACCUUUAUCUGUUCUCAGUGAAGGUCUUCCUUUCUUAAUUGAUUCUGUCUCUUGUUUCCUCCUCUCAAGCAUGUUUCUGGUGAAAAAGAACCUGAACCUCACAUUCUUUGUAGAGCUUGUUUACACUGCAACUUUCAGUUGUGUUGGUUCUGAUGAUAUUUAUUCUUCGAAAAAUAAAACUUUAGUGAGUUAAUCCAAAUUUUGCUUAAGCAAAGAAUUCAAUAGAGGACAUGAUGCAGGCCAAAGAGAGUGAAGCCUCUUUAUUGCCAUCCAAAUCCUAAUUUACUGUUCAGUACAAGCUUAGUAUGACAAGGUUAUUCAGGAUCUCAUGUUGGUAGUCAUCCUGCAGUUAACAGUUAUUUUCAAAUAUGACCUAAGACAAAAGGAUAGUUUGGGGAGUUUCUUCAGAGUAGUGAACAUUCCUACAGUCCUGUGCUUUAAUUUGCCUGAUUGAAAUAAACGGCUGCAAACUUGUAAGUAGCUACCAUAUUUUAUAGAUCCUUCCUAAGCCCUUUAAAGCCAUCAUGGCUUGAGAAAUUUCUGAAACUCUGCUUGCAGUUGCAUUGUGAACCUUGACAGCUUGUUUCCAACCUGAGACCAAUGCAGGAGGAAAUGGCUUUUCUUUCUCUCAUCUCUUGCUUUUCUUUUACAUCUAGCCUUAUCAAGGGUUCUGGAGUACUUAGAAGCUUGCUCACGAUUUAUUGACAUUUUGAUUGGCCGAAUUAACGUAUUGCCUUACUGUGGAUUUUGUAAUUUUACCAAGCCCUCACCCCAGAAUCACUUGCUUAGUUCUUUCUUGCAUUUUCCACAGCAUCCUUGAGCAGAUAGAUAGUCAGGCUCUUUUUUCCAUUGAGCACUGGAAUCUGAUCUACGCCUAACUUGGUCAUUACAGAGAACUCCCCGGUUGAAAGCUUGACACCAUAUGACAGAAAACGAACUUCUGUACAGGCACACUUUUAAUCUUGAUUCUUACGCUGAAUCUGUAAUGUGGCAUUUGCAUUUAGUUAUUUAUUUUUUUGGUAUCGUUAAUGGGCUUGUGCGUCUUGCCACAAGGAAAUUACCAUCUGGGUGACAGCAAACACUGUUCAGGCAUAUGUCCCAGAAAAGUCUGCCUUAAUUAAGCCACAUCGUCUGCAGCUAUUAAUGCAUUUUAGCAGGUCCCCAUCUAAGAUGGUAAAAACAGUUGCUGUUUUCCAGGGAUGGGUGGCUGUGUUGUAGAGCUGCCUUGCCUUCAAUGUGUGCUUUCAUUCUUUUCAAGUUCUUGUAAUUCUUCAAGCUGUUUUCUAGAAACAAGUCACUAAAAGUAUGACCAGCACUACCCGAGUAGAUUUGUGCCUGUUUCUGACAGUUAUAUGCACCUCUGCCCAUGAUGAGCAAGGCACUUGCUUUUCCUCUCCUUAUACACCAAAACAAUUCUUAGAGGAGCUUGAGGAACAGUUCUUAAAAAAAAAAGAAAAAUUAAUACAUGAAAGUAUUGCCAAAUGCCUAUAUGUGUUUGUGUGAUCUUUUGAUAAAAAUAAAAAAUGUAGUCUCUCUUGGGAACAGAGAGGGAGUCUGUAAAUACAGUACAACCUCUGCUUACGAUCAUAAUCCGUUCCGGAGGCCCGUCUGCUUGGCGAAACUGGAUGCUAGUAGAGGGGCCAUUGUGCACUCGUGCACGUGUGUAGAUGGUGGCAGCCGCUUGUGCGCACGUGCAGAUGGCAGAAGCCGCAUGCACGAGUCACAGCAAACCCGGUGUUUGACCGGGUUUGCCGCGGUCGCAACUUGGAACGUCCGCGAGAAGAGGCGGAUGUAAGUCGAGGUUCCACUGUGCUGAGGGGCAAUAGAUCAUACAAUGCAUUGGGUUCCACUGUUUAUCAGUGACACUUCCAUGUAGAGCAUAAUUUAUAAAAGAUAAGAACAGCAUUAUUGCUUGUAUUAUUGCUAGUGUUAUCACUACUAAUAAUAUUGUGAUGCAUACUCCUGUUGCUGGAAGGGACCUGCUCAGCGCAGGAGGAUGCAGUUGCAGCGUGGUGAACGCUGCCAUGGUGAAUGAAUCGGCAAUGUUAUUAGGUCUUGUAAGAAUGCUGCUUGAGUGGGUAAGGUACAGAGUUGGCAUCUGGGUUAGCUGGGAGGACCUCCUCUCUAGGGCUGUCUGUAAAGUUGUCCUUUGGUGGUGGUGAGUUUGAGGCUCACUUGAGGAAGGGCAUGCAUCUGUCACCGGCCUUGAAUUAUAUCUGUUUCAUUUAGGUUAUCAUUGAUACAUUUGGGAUUAUUUCAUAUGGUAGCUAUAGGAGACCAACUGGUAGCUAUAGGAAGCCAGUUGUUUGUGUUAUUGAUCCAUGUUUUGUGGUCUUGGUCCAUUUUUACCAGCGUUUGCUUCUGCAUGUACUUUGGGGGCUUAUUAAACGUGCUAGCAUUGGUUUUAACGUUCAUCAAAACCAAAGUUUGUUUUUCUUACAGCUGGGCGAGAUUGACUGCUGUUUCAAAGUUGAGCCCAGAUUAGAGUUUAAAAUAGAACUGAAACAGAAUUAUAGCAUGCUCUUUCUUUUCUGGUGGAGUGUAAACAGUUUCAUUUGGUGUACACUUGGGGGAGGUCGUCAACCUUUUGAGGCUGAAUUUAUAAUUGUGGGACACUUCAGAACUUAACGGGUGGCAUUUCUCUUGGUCCUGGUACAGAAGAGCGAGGUUAAAGUUGCAGAAUGGGUUGUUAUUUAUUAUUUAUUUGCUGUACAGCUUUUAAUAAAGCCCUUUCAGGUCUGCCCGUCUCUGACUCUCUGCAACUGAAUUAGCAGCCAUUUUUGUGAAUAAUUCAUUAAGCUGCUUUUUAAUAAUUGAAAGUAAAAACCACUUGUUUGCUCCACUAACAUUUUGGUAAUUUUACUAUCUAAAUCACAUUCUGGAAUGUGUAAUAUAAAAUAACAUGAAGAAUUAACUUCUGGGCAAGCUUCAAGUCUAGCCAAUAGUCAAAAUCAGGGUUUAAGUAAUGGAAACCAUAAAGCAGCAGACAGGUACCUUUAUAGAGAACAAAAAUGUGAUAUAGAGAACCUUUAUAGAAAACGAGAACUCAUUCUUUAUGGCCCUGUCUAUACAAUGUCAAUCUUCUCUUUCUAUUUUUAUCAUGUUUUUAUCCCAUCCUUCCAAGAAGCUCAAGAUGGCAUACAUAACCACCACCACCACCCCAUUUUUUAUCCUUGCAACAAUCCUGUGAGGUAGGAUGGGCUGAGAGAUUGUGACUGGCUCAAAGUCAUCCUGUGAGCUUCAUGACUGAUUGGGCAUUUGAACCCAGGAUCCCCCUGUUGUGCUUUACUACACCAUAAUGGCUCUCUUUUGUCGUUGUGAAGCAGUACUUCAGUUCAGCACAGACAGCAUAAGAUACAGGCUACUAUUAUGUGUACUGAGGCUUUUGGCAACUCCUUUUGAAGGCUUCCCACGGAGCUCAGUGAGGCUAACUAGCAAGUGUGUCAGGGUAGGAAUUUCAGCCACAUUUUCUGCAUAUUUACUUGAAGUAGAUCCCAAUGAGUUGACUUAUUCCCUCACAGGUUUCUGUCCUAGGCCCAUUGUUGUUAAAUGUCUUUAUAAACUACUUGGAUGAAGGUAUCAAGGGGAUGCUCAUCAAAUUUGCAGAUAACACUAAACUGGGAGGGGUAGCCAGUGCCAGAAUUGGGAUUCAAGAUGGCCUUAACAGAUUGUAGACUGGGCCAAACCUAACAGAAUGAAUUUCAGUAGGGACAAAUGUAAGAUUCUAUACUUAGGCAGAAAGAACCAGCUGCACAAAUAUGAGAUGGGGGACACCUGGAUUGUCAGUAGCAGGGCUUUUUUCAUCUAGAACUCACCGGAACUCAGUUCUGGCACCUCUCAGGUUGGCACAUUGCCAUUUUAAGAGAACAAGGGAGGUGUUCAUGAUGAGUUCUUGCACCUCUUUUUCUAGAAAAAAUAGCACUGGCCCAGUAUUAUAUGUGAAAAGGAUCUAUGGGUCUUAGUAGGCCAUAAGCUUAACAUGAGUCAACGGUGUGAUGCAGCAGCAAAUAAUAAUAAUAAUAAUAAUAAUAAUAAUAAUAAUAAUGUCAUUCUAGGCUGCAUUAACAGAAGUCUAGUGUCCCAGUCCAGGGAAGAAAUAGUCCUGCUCUCUUCUGCCCUGGUCAGACCACACCUGGAAUACUGUGUCCAGUUCUGGGCACCACAAUUUAAGAAGAAUAUUGACAAGCUGGAACUUGUGCAGAGGAGGGUGACCAAGAUGAUCAAGGGUCUGGUACACAGACUUUGGCCAUAUUUGUUUUUAAAGUAAUAUUAUCAUUUAUCUUCAGAAAAAGAUGGCAAAGCAUUUCAUCCAACAUACGAAGAAAAACUCAGACUUGUGGCGCUGCAUAAGCAGGUUCUGCUGGGACCUUACAAUCCAGACACAUGUCCUGAAGUUGGAUUCUUUGAUGUCCUGGGGAAUGACAGAAGGUAAAAAGCUAUUGAAUUUUAUGGAUCUGUCUGUAGAAUAGACAUUUUGGCUUACUUGACUGGAAUCUUUUUUCCAAUCCCCUCUGCAGAUAUAGCUUGUGUGUCAACUUUCUGUUGGGUUCUCUUCCCUUUGGCUAAACUAAGGAGAGAUUGCUAUUCAGUUCACAGAGUGCAGGAUUUCAGAAGCCAAGCAUAGUUCCCGUAUUAUCUCCCAACUUGAUAAAUCAGUGCUUUCAUUCUGUGUUUAUACAUGCUGCUUGCUAGACAAAAUGCAAUGUUACUUGCCUUCCUACCUGCAGGAAAGAAUGGGCUGCCCUUGGAAACAUGGCAAAGCAAGACUCCAUGAUAGAGUUUGUAAAGCUCCUAAAUAGGUGCUGCCAUCUCUUCUCAACAUAUGUUACCUCCCAUAAAAUAGAGAAAGAAGAACAGGAAAAGAAAAGGUAAGCUCUUGUGCCUCUCUGAAAUUGGGUGGGAGUUCUUAAAGUGUGUUUGUGUUCCAGCUCUCAUAUCUUACAGUCACUUAGUUGGAUCCCUGUAGGCCAUUCUUGUCAAUCACUGAACAUCACAGUGAUGUGAGGUGACCCAGAGUUACAUUUAUCCUUUGUGGGUACAGCUCCAGCCAUGUCUGCAGAGCAACAUCCUUUAUAUCACCAGCUUGAAUUCAUACUGGUAAAACAAAGGGAUAUUUGUGCUUACAGCAACCCUUGCUCUGGACUUCCUGUUAGUACCAAGCCCAGUUGGGCCUGCUGUCAGUGCUGACAGCAAGCCCAGUUUGGACAGGGAUCGACUCUGCUAUGGAACUCUCUGGUGCAGUUAUGAACUCUGUCAUGCAGCCACAUCUCUACUUGCUCCACAUCUGAUGUCAUGUAUGACUUCAGGUGUGGGGUGGUGGGCAUGUUUUGGGGAAGACAGCCUUGUGGACCCAAUUGGGACCUGCAUUAAAUAAGUUUGUUAAAAAUAAUUUGGCCUGUGGACUGGAGGUUCCCCAUCUCUGAUACAGUUCUUCAACUGUUUUUAAUUGCUUUUUAACAAUCUUUUUAUGGAGCUGUGAAUUGUGGUGCAGUUUUUCCUAGCUUUGCAGGCAGAUAGUUUCUUGUCUUGAAAAUAAUAGGUUUACAGGAAAAUGCAGGGUUAAAGUUUUUACGUGAUACCCGGAUAUUUUACUUUUUCUACCAUUAUAGGUGAAUCUUAUCUAACGUUUACAUGUGGUUUAGAUUAGGAGCCUCAUCUGUUUAACUUUUGAAAUUCUAGGAAGAUAUCAGUAUAUGAUUUGGAUACUUGUUGAAAAGUUGAACUUUGUGCCUUACACUGUACCUCCUGUCAGUCAUGUUCCUUUGCUUAAAUGCUGGUGCCAUCCUUCACAAUAUUUCAUAUUGCAUGGAAACAGUUCCUUUCUAUAAGAGUUUAGAACAGGGGUCACCAACACUUAAUGAAUUUUGAGGUUUUUUCGGGGUGCCAGUCACAAAACAGCUGCCAUGGGGGUGUGGCAUGAGAAAAGGCUUAACUUUUUCGAAUUUCUGCCUAGAAGAUAAAACAGAAGCAGAAAACUGCGUUAAAUGGGAGGGUAAAACAGCAGCUCUUCAGGAUUCCUAUUGCCUGGUGUCCAAAUGUCUGGUAAACAUGGCUGUUACAGGAGGGAAGAGGAAGAACGUAGGCAACGUGAAGAAGAAGAACGAGAGCGUUUGCAAAAGGAGGAAGAGAAACGCAGACGAGAAGAAGAGGAGAGGCUGAGAAGAGAAGAGGAAGAGAGGCGGCGGAUAGAAGAAGAGAGGCUCCGAAUGGAGCAGCAGAAGUAAGGAGUCAGCAGGACUCAUCCCUUGUUCAUUUAUCACCCUUCCAUCCCAUCUUGCUGAAAAUAACCUCUGUGCAUGGGGUUAUCCCCUUUUAUUCUCACAGUAAUCUACGGCUGGGGAAGUGGUGACUUGCCCAAGGCCACACAGUAAGCUUUACAGCUGAGUGUGGAUUUGAACCAGUAUCAAAUUCUGCUGUCUGUGCAAUAUAUCCUACGCCAGUGGUUUAACAUCUGCCUUGCCUCCAUAUCUUUGUAGUUUAAAAUGAACACUGUUUAUCAGAAGCUUAACAUUCCCAUCUAGUAUAGCCAAAGCAUUUCCUCGGUGAUGAGUCCAGUUGUUCCCUCCCCUUAAAUCCUAAAAGGGGCAUAUUACUUGCCUACAUGGCAAUUUGCUUAUAAAAAUUAGUAUUUAAUUAGGGCUAUAAUUAUACGAAAAAUCACGCUGAAAAAGUAAUGAAAAUUGUAGGUUGGGUUACUUAUGAAGUAGAAAUUCCUUAUCUGGCUGGUUACAAGAGAACUUUCCAAAUGAUGGAUAGGACCACUUAUGGAGUGAUACACUUUCUCAUGGUUGAGUUGUCUAUUCCAGAAGUGGGCCCUGAAAUGACUGUAAUGCAGAACCUCAAGGGAGUUUCAUUUUGACAGAAGCUGGAACCACCAAGUGAGUGUUAGACAGAAGGCGCAUUCUGGCAGUAAGUCCCCUUAGAAUCCGUCUUGUUUAGAAAUCAGCCGUGUUUAGAACAUUUGAUCUGUGGAUUUGCAUUGCGUAGGAAGGAGUCUUUCAUAGCUAACGAAGCUCUGCCUUAUGAUUUGGUGUCCCCUAGCACUCCCCUCAUCCGUGUCAUGUUUACUCAGCUAUUGUGUUUCCCGAAAUAAAUGCCAAGUGUUUCAUAGUUUAAUUGCACUAACAAAUGUGUUAUGUUUGAAAAUUUGACUCCUAAAAUACGCCUUCAGAGUUGCAUUUCAGGGUAACUUUGUCCCUUAUCUAGACAGCAGAUCAUGGCAGCACUGAACUCUCAGACGGCUGUUCAGUUCCAACAGUAUGCAGCCCAGCAGUACCCAGGCAACUACGAGCAGCAGCAGGUCCUGAUUCGGCAACUUCAGGAACAGCACUAUCAACAGUACAUGCAGCAACUAUAUCAGGUCCAGCUUGCACAGCAACAGGUAUAUUGCACCAUCUUGGCAGUGCAGCUUAUAGAAUGAUAGAUGUAUAGCUGACUUUGGAGACGUCAGUGAGACCGUUCGUCUAUAUUGCAGUUAAUGGUGAAGGUGGGAAUACAAAUUCUAAUGGUGUAUCGGGUCUAUAAAAUUCUUUCUGAAAAAUGUAUCCAGUGUUUCUGCAUUCUUUCUGAAGAAGGUUAAGAAUCUGUUAACAUACACACACUGAUUUGACUGUGCUGACCUUAUUACUCAGACCUUUCUAAAAAUCUUGAAAGCAGGUAUCUUGUACUAGAGUGGGGGUCUUUUCUGAGGGAUCUCUAGGGUGAUUUGUAGUAGAUUGGCAAGGGUUACUGACUCCCAAUUGCUAAACAGUAGCAAACAGCAAAGUAACUUCCUUCACAAAAUAAAGUUUUGUGUGAAAGUACUGUUGAACCAGGUUCUUUCACAGAAAACAAUGUUCAGAACUCAGAAUAUUCUCAGAUGCACCCUCUUCUUUAAUUCAAAUUUCACACCUGGUUCUGAUUAGUAAAUCUUGGGGUUCUAGUAAAAAGCAAAAUAGAUCUGGCGAGACUGAAGUCUGCCCACCGCUCUCCUAGAAAAACGUAGUGAGAUCAGAAAUAAAAUACCCUUCUGACUGCUGUUUAGAGAGAUUUUAUGUGCCCAUCAGGAAAUAGAACACCCUGUCUGCUCUUUAGUGAUUGCUCUCUAAAGAACAGAGAGAGAUAGCAUUUAUCUCCUGAUCUGAUCAGGAGAUAAAUGCUAUGGGACUUUGAGGGCUACUUCAUGUGACUUGAGGGGCCGGAUCCAGCCCAUGCGCCACAAGUUAGCCACAUCCCAGAUGGGGUUUGGUUGACUUCAGUGUAAAAUAGGCACUUUCCAAAGACUAGCUUGAACUAUAUAUUCUUCAGAAACAAUUCAGGCAAAUAAACACAUAACACCUUGGAUAUAACAACUACUGGAGAGAUUGCCUUUUUAAAAAAAGCAUUCAGAGAUUGGAGUGGAUCACUGUUAUGCUGUGUUAAACUUAGCACUCAGGCUCAGUUCUCAAGUGGAAAUCCAGCUUCUGCUACUCUGCAUAGCAUUAAGCACUGCUACUCUCAUCAGCAGGGGGUUUAAUGCUUCAUCUCUCAGUCCCAUAUGCCUCAAACAAUCUGACAAGUCAUGCUCCUGCCUAGUGUUUUAACUCUGCCGGUGUUCCAUCCCCUUCAAACUGGCUUACUGGAAUCUGGCUGCCUCAUUUUGUUCUGUCCAAACAUGGUAGUAGAUUUUGUGCAACUUCCACCUGCAUAUUUCCCACCAGUAGCACUCUGCAAACUUCUCCAAAAUGUGCUCUGCAUCUUUCAUUGCCCUUAUGUUUUGCUUUGGCUUUUAAUUUUCAGGCAGCUUUACAAAAGCAGCAGGAAGCAGCAGCCACAGCGGGGACUUCAGUUACUUCUGUAUCAAAAGCAAGCCCACCUAACAUAGGGGAAAUCCCAUCAGUUAAUGGACAGGCUAGUGCACAUACAGACAGCCCUGAAAAAGACCCGGAAACUGAUGCUUUAGAAGAAGCACUGGAGAAUGGACCAAAAGGUAAGAGUAAAGAUUCUUCUAUUCUGAAAGAAACUACUUCCAUGUUUCUGGCUGAAUCUUUUGUAGCCUUUGGCAACUAAUGACCCCAACUUAGUAUGGGCAUUCAAAACACACAAUCAGCAGUUUCCCACUGCUUAAAUAAGGAGCAUUGGAAGAAAAAUUUGGGUAUUUCACUUUCCUGUUGUGUCCACGUUAUUGCAGGGCUGAAAGGUAGCAUAUAUGGUAUAUGGUGAAAUAUUUAAAAACAAACUUGGUUAAACCAGCCUUCAAGUGAGAGCGGCUAUGAGAUGGUGGCCAGAUGAGGCUGAUUUUCCUCGGCUUCAGAGUAAUCUGCAAGGAGCCUCUUUGGGAGGGAGGCCUUGCCAUGUUGCCCCUUAUUUGCAGGAGGCAUUUUCUAGGAUGCUGCAACACAAUUAUCUGUCCGAACUAUAAAACUGGGCAUUUUUUGGUCUCCUUUUUUUUUAGAAUCUGUUCCAGUCAUAGCAGCACCAUCCAUGUGGACACGACCCCAGAUUGCAGACUUCAAAGAGAAGAUCCGCCAGGAUGCAGACUCUGUGAUUACGGUUGGCAGAGGAGAAGUCGUGACCGUUCGUGUACCAACUCAUGAAGAGGGUUCUUAUCUCUUCUGGGAGUUUGCUACAGACAAUUAUGACAUUGGUUUUGGGGUAUAUUUUGAAUGGACAGACUCCCCUAACACAGCAGUCAGCGUACAUGUUAGUGAAUCCAGUGAGGACGAGGAAGAGGAGGAAGGUAUCUUUAUUUUCUAUACCUCGUAGGGGUUUUGAGUCGUGAAAGAAGCUGUAGCAGGCUUUGCAUUACACUUUCUGUCAUCUUGGAAUUUAGAAAGGUGGUGUCCAGUGUGUGCAGGCAAGUGAGACAUAGUGACGGAAAACCCUGGGAUGUUGCGGGUUUAGCUAGUGUGGGAAAAGAAAUAUUUCGUAGGAGCCGUUUAAGGUAAGUUAAAUGGCCUUCGCUGUGUUUUUAUGCAGCCUUGAUUGACAGCCAGGUUCCAGGAUGAUGGUGGUUCUCCUGCUAUAUAGCCUUAACAGGAGACCUCUCAACUUGGAGGGAAUUUCCAAACCACUGCAGAAUUAAAAUUAAUUGGAAAGUUGUUAUUGCAAUACACUUUCAUGUAUGUCCCUGAAGCAUGAAGUCUCAGUGCUUAGAGCUCAGUUGUUCAAGUUGCCAUGACGCUCCUGGCUCUAAACUCAAUAAUACAGGUUUGUGUGUAGGCCCUUAAUCUGCUUCCAAGUCCCACUUUCAGAUUUUACUGUCUUGUAAUUGCCUAGUAACUUUUCUUACUUACCCUUUGUGGUUAUGUGUGACUUUGCAGAUAUUCUGUUUCCUCAGCUUUUACUCACUCAAAGGGCCUGUUUGGCAUCUCUUCCUUGUAACUGGGGAAGAUUGCAUUGCGGGACCAUUAUCCAACUGAGCGAUGCUGUGCUUUGUUGUCUCUGCACCUUGCUUAGAUUCUAAACCUUUGACUAGGAAGUAUUGGUCCUUGUAGUGUGGGAGGAAAGAACAUCUGUGGAUGUUGGAGCUGUACACCUGUUUUUUGCUCACUCCAACUUCAUGCUAGGAUCUUAUCAGCUUCCAUAUAACAUGACACUUGGGCUGACUGACUUGCCAGCUUUGACAGUAGCUCUUGCGUACUUCAUGUCCCAGUUUAGUUACAAAUAAAGUGUUGAAAUUAAUAGUAGCCCAUUUUCAGCUAUUUCCUAGUAGGAAUAACAGGCUAUGAUUUAUAUCUACAAGCUGUAGCAUGGACCAGUUCUGUCCAAGUGAUUGAGGACCUCUGUUCCUAUUGACAUCAAGUUGGUCUUAGAAUCAGUAACUGGGAGUUUGCUGAUAAGUCACCUAAGCAAUUUUUAAAAUUCCCCUUUAGCAUCAACUAUUACAAAAAGUCCACCAUGUAUGCAAAGGUAUGGUACCUCUUAGUAGUAAAGGAAGACGCAAAGCCAUGACCUUUAGAGCAUAAUUUUAUUGCUCCCUGAUAGUGGUAGAAAUGCGUGAUUUGGAAGGGAAAAAUAAGCUAUGAAGUGAUGGAACAAAACUAACACCUCCAUUCUCAGGGCAUGUUGGCGAAGCCUGCAGUACAGCAGCCCAGCUUGUUCAGGAUAAGGUUUCCCAAGAGGGGAAAGAAGGGAUUAACCUCAGUUGCUUCUAUCAAAAUGUUGAUGUGUUAAGCAUUGUGCCUUGGUAAUCUUGCUCAAAAUCCUCCUUGUGAACAGUUGGUCAUCACUGUUUUCUUGAUAGUUGUAGCCCCGAUGAAAAUGUGCUGUUUUGCUUUUGUUAAAUUAAACAAGUUGCUCGUGUCUUUGCUGUGCUUCCUGCGGAUUAAUCCGCACUGACCAUGAAGAAUUGGUUGCGGAGUUUGUUUGGCCUGCUGCAUUUAGUGACUAAUGCUUUGUUUCUGAUUCUUUUUCUCAGAAAACGCUAGUAGUGAAGAAAAAGCCAAAAAGAAUGCCAACAAGCCUCAACUAGAUGAAAUCGUGCCUGUGUACAGACGGGACUGUCAUGAAGAAGUAUAUGCUGGCAGCCAUCAGUACCCAGGAAGAGGGGUCUAUCUCCUUAAAUUUGACAACUCCUAUUCAUUAUGGAGGUCAAAAACAGUUUACUACAGAGUCUAUUAUACUAGAUAAAGAUCAUCAUGUCAUGUUGGAGGCUGGGCAGAGGACGUCAUGUUGUUUGGAACUUCGGUCAAGCAUACUGGACUUUUUGACUCUGUUACUCUGUCUGAUGUAUAUCGGUAUGGCGUGCGUGUGUGUGUGAACUUGGAAACUGGGAGUUGAGCUUUCUUCUGCAGCUCAGUGUUAAUGCAGCUAGUGAGGUUAGGAUCUCCCCACCCCACCCCACCCUGGUCCUCUCUGGUGACCUGGUUAUUUGCCAGAGCUUUCAGACAGAAGGUCAUGCAAAAUGGCAUAGAUGGACUUUUUAAAAACCCUCAAACUCUUAAACACACACACAAAGGAGGAAAUGUUUCAUUGGGGGCAGUCAGUAUGAUGUUACCUGCCCUAGUAAGCAUCGACCGUUUGAAACAAAAAAACCUGUUAGUUGUUCAUUUGAGGGUAUCCGCCUUAUUUGUGGAGGGUGUAUGUGGAGGGGGAGCCAGAGGCAAUCUGCACUGUAGCAAGCAAGUUUCUUAAAGCUGUAUUUGAAUGUCCAGAUUUUUACACCAUUAAACUUGAAACCUUUAGUGGAUGCAGUUUAGAAACUGAUUUGUCUUGUGUUCUCAUUCAAGAAGUUAUCUGGCACCUCUCUGGCCAAACAUCAUGCUGCUGGAUGAGACAUAGAAGGUAUGUAUGCGCGUGCAAGCAAAGAACAAGUCUGUAUGUACACAUCAGGGAAUUACUAUUUUUUAAUUGCAAAAUUUGGAGAAAAGUAACAAUUUAGGGCGCCAACUACACGAGACUUUGUUUCCCCAAUAUCUGCUGCAGAUCCUGAGACCAAGUUAUGUGCAGGAUUUUGACUUCUGAGCUGGAUCAUAAGUACCUUGACAUUUGGAUAAUCCCCCAGAAGCGUUCCUGUACAUAUCACAUUCAAAUAAAGGGGUUUUCCCUUUGUGUGCAAUUUAUUGUUGAGUUGGUGAAAAGUCAGGUAUGUGUACAAGACAUUCUGUUGCCGUACUUAUCUCUUGCAAUCAUAUGGGUAGGCUUCAAAUUAGAACCAGUUGUCUGCACAGCUUUUCAAGUUUGUCUGGGGCCCUUCUUUGUAAACCCGAGUUGGCACUUUUGUGCAUCUACAUAAUUAAAGAAUGUCUGAACUGUUGUAGGAAUUAAUGUUGCACUAAUGUUAUGGAAAUCACUGCCAGGAACACACUCAUUUUAGUUUUAUUCAGGUUGCAUUUGUGCACUCAUUCUAGCACCCUUUAAUCCUAGUUGGUAAUUACGUGUUGAAAAGAAAUGUAAGAUGUUCUUUCAGAUAAACAAGUAGCUUUGUUCUAAUUUGCAUAGUGAGUUUAGAGCGAAACUGCAAAAUUGUGUGUUUGCUCAGCCGUGACUAAGGUCGGUGGGGGGUUGGGCCUUUGCAGCAACGUAACUUUUGUAUAGAACCAUGUUUCUGAGAAACAAGGUGGAGUUCAGGUAUUUCGGAAAUGACUUGUGUAAGUGUGUGAUGCAUGAGGAAUGCAACCCCCCCCCAAAAAAAGUUUGUUUUGCAGCAAAAUAUCUAUGGAUUAGCUGCAAGCAUAUAUAUUCUACUAGAAGUGGGUCUGUUGGGAUUCAGCGGGGUUUAUGUUUGAAUAUUUGUACAUACAUUUAUAUUUGAGGUUCCCUCCCCCCUUAUUUCACCUUAUGGAGGUGGUUCUCCAAAAAGCACUAAGUUGCUCCAGCUCAUUUGAUUUUAGCAUUGCCUUACAAGCUUUUGUCUAGUUAGUGCUGCUCCAGUCAACUCGGAUCAGUUCUGCUCUAACAUGUUUCAUUCUCACAUGUACAUAAACACAUGGAGUUAGGAUGUAGCUUCUUUUUUAAAGCUGUAUUUAAAGGUUCUAAAAAAUAAUAAUAGAGGAAGGCACUAAUUCCAUUUAACACAUUAGAUUUCUUUUUUGUCCAUACAAAAUUAUGAUUUAACAACUGUUGGGAAGCGGUAUAUGUUUUCUUGUAAAAAGCAGUAAUUUUUACUGUCAAGCUUUGGGUAUCCAAACUCCAGAAAAAUGCCUCUGACUGUUGAUUAGUACAGAAAAAGUGCGCUUUCGAAAUACCUUGGAAUAAUAUAUUUAAUCUGAAUUAAAAUUGCUUAUAUGGAA